AUGCGCCCGUCCCUCCCAUCCCACAUUGCCGAAACGGAACGUUAUUGCUUGAGCUCCCAGCACAUGUUCCGGGGCACUCGCAUUAGCAUCCUUUCCCCGGAUAAGAACGGAGCAUGGGAUUUUUCGUUAGCCCUGACCGCCAGCUCCAAGGUCCGCCGCACAGCUUCGCCAAUCACCAAAGAGCACUCUCCCAAAAUCUUCAGACGACACACCAGUCGCAAGCUCGAGCUUUCCGUCCCCUCGAACACCCUCUCAAGUUUCCGCCCAUCACCGGUCAAUUCUCUCACCAUGGCGAAGAAAGCCAAAUCUCGCGUCGUAAUCGUGCGCCUGCUCUCCAUGGCCGCCACCGGCUUCUUCUAUAGCUUCCGCCGGAAGCGUACCGCGGGCCCCAUGAGCAUGCUCAAGUAUGAUCCUAUAGUUCGAAAACAUGUCCUCUUCCUUGAGCAGAAGCGGAAGGGCGCCAAAUAA